AUGGACGACCUCAGCAAUGCUCAUCGCGGAGGCCGACGAAAACAAGGCCUAUUGGCUGAAGAAGAGACUCCCUACAUGCCACUGUGGCAAACCAUCAUGAGAUACACGUUGGAAGUGCUCGGUAUUAUAUUUCUGUCUACUUGGGCAGCGACAAGGCAACGCAAUUCUGCCUUUUUCUGGAUAAUCGUUGUUGGAAUCCUGUUUUGUUGGAGAAUUUUCAGCGUUCGUGACGAUCCUGCUACAAUGGAACAGCCUUGUGUGCAAGUCCCUGGAAUUGUCCGUAUUUUGCUGGAACUCAGUGUGCAUACGUUUGCAUUCAUUUGCUUCUGGGAUUUGCUGGAUUCGAACUUUGGUCUUCCAACCGAGAUCUCCUACAUCUACGCUGUGGCUGUUGCAAUCUAUUAUUGUGUAACGUAUGAACGUGUCAUGUGGGUGUUGAAACAGUGA